AUGGAACCAGCAUCUUCAGAAGCAUUUCUUGAAAGUUUUUUUAAAGCUAUUUCACUGCCAAAACUAGCUUAUCACUGGCAUGUAAUUCUUCUUUCGUCAUUAGGAUGUGCUGCUACUCUCAUAAGUUCUCGCUUUGUUUCUCCUAAACUGUUUCCAAAAACUUAUAAUAACUUGCCAAGAAUUAAGAGACUUAGUUGGGAUAUACAUUGUGUGAGCAUGGUUCAUUGCUUGGCAGUGGUCUUCUUGUCGUUCCCAAUAUUUUAUCAAGAAGAAUUACAAAAUGACAAAAUAUUUGGUUAUACUGCUUAUGCUGGAAACGUCUAUUCCAUUGCUUGCGGGUAUUUCCUUUGGGACGCACUUACGUCUUUUUAUUAUGUCAAAGAAUUUGGUUUUGGAUUUGCAUUACAUGGUUUAUGCUGUUUUAGUGUGUUCAUAUUUGCCUUUAGACCAUUUUUGAAUUAUUAUGGAUCAGUAUUUUUAAUGUACGAAAUUUCCACUCCUUUUUUGAACAUGCAUUGGUUUAUGGAUAAACUUGGUAUGAGCGAAACUUUACUACAUAAAAUAAAUGGUGUUUGUCUACUUGCAUCAUUCUUUUUCGCGAGAAUUGUAUUUGGAUUUUAUAUGUCCUACCAAGUAUUCCGAGAAAUAAGAUAG